AAAUCUACAAAAGGGAGGGUUUCUUUCUCUUUUAUCUCCCCCUAAAACCCAAAGGUCCAUACUUCACUUUUCAGCUAAACUCCCAUUAUCGCAAUUCCUUAUAAUGACUACAACGGCGGCGCAGGUUCCGGGAAAUCCUAUCAAAAACCUAGUCCAGUCACCGGAUCCAAAAUCCAACUCCGCCGUUACCGAACCUCCGAAGAAAUCGCCACCGUCUGACGGCGGCGCUAAGGAGCAAGCGAAGUUGGAUCCUCCGGUGGCGGAUGGCGGCAGUAAGGAGACUGAUAUACAGAAGAAGAUGAAGCGAGCUGAGAGGUUCGGAACGACGGUUCAGCUUUCUGAAGAGGAGAAGCGAAGCACUCGAGCUGAGAGGUUUGGCACUGGAUCUGCAGCUCAGAGUUCAGAUGCUUUAAAGAAAGCCGAGGAGCAGAAGAGGAAAGCUAGAGCUGAGAGGUUUGGGAUUAACCAAUCUGAUAGUGCUGAUGAGGAAGCUAAGAAGAAGGCUAGACUUGCAAGGUUCGCACCUUCUGUGAAGGCUGAUCCUGUGGAGGAAGAUAAAAGGAAGGCUAGGGCCCUCAGGUUUUCACAGUCCCAGUCUGGCUCCCAAUCACAACAGAAUGGCAAAGGAAAAAUUGAGCAGGAGACUGUUGCGGUGGAGAAGGAUGGAGGAGGAACAUGAAGCAUUCUCAAACUUCCUUCAACAGCAAGAGUUGCUUAUGAUGUAUAGUUUAUUGUUGCUGUGGAACGGUUAGGAGUUUUGUUAAGAGUGACUUGAAAUUCGCUAAGCUUUUGUUUUACCCGUUUUGGAGUCCUUUUUUUCAGUUUUGGUAGGUUAGAAGUAACAUUUUGCUACUUCCCCAGUAGCAGGACCAUCCUUCAGAUUAGGGGAAAAUGGCUUUUGUUGUCUCCUAGGUUAGCCAGUAGUGGUAGGAUACAUGGACCACAAUCUCCUUAGUGUCAAUCAGUCAGAAGUGACCCGUAAACAAUAUUUGAAAUCAACUUUUUUGAAAAAAAAAAGAAAAAAAAAAGAAAAGGCUUAUCUGAAAUGAUGAAACUACAGCCUAAAUAUUUUCCUCUUGAAACACUUGUUUUGAUGACUUCAUCAUCGGGCUAUCCUUUAUCAAUCUGCAAGUGUUCUUUCACAUUCUCGUGGUUUUACCUUUCACCAAAAAGAAAAAAAAUAAAUAGAAGAGAACAUGUUAGAUAUCAAGGAUCAACUGGUAAUAGCAUUUAUGAUUUCUCCAAGUGCUCUUAUGUAGGACUGAAGAUACUUGAUCGUAGGUGCACACUCUUGUUUUGAUUGGUACUUGCACAAUUUUGUUUAGAUCCGAUAGUCCUUCAUGACUUUUCAGUGGAUAAUUAAUAGGUUUUGCAAUUUUAGAAGAUAAACAUUCACCCUUCAUCCUUCGUGAUUUCCUGGAAGCAUCAUAUGGUAAUUCUAGUUUGGGCCAUAUUGUUAAUGAGAUUCUUAGUUGGCCUUGCUGGUAGGAAAGGUAAGACUAGUGUUUAUUGCAUUCAUGGAUCUCCUGAAUGAUAUUAAGGGCCUUAAAUUUUGUUUAAGAAGAAGGGCCACUUGAUUGUGCCACAUCUUUGCGGAGUUGCUGAAUCAAGAAAUGGUUUUACUGUCAUAUUACUGCCCGUAUGGUGAAGUCAUCAAAUCCAUAUUUCUAUAAUAUAAAACUGGUGUUCCUGGGUUUUAUUUACGACACUUUUUAACAAGGUUUAGUAGUGAAAAAACUAUUUUCAAGUUUCCUGUUUCAGAUUUUGACAUAGUGGGUCAUGUGCAACAAAUUAACACUAAGGAGGUGUGUUCGAGUACCUAGUAUCACUGGGUGAAUCCAGUAGGCUGUAGUCAAUAGGUGUCCAUGUUAGUAUAAAACGACUUUGAAGGCUUGCUGUUUUGUUCUUGGUUAUUGAAGUUCAGUAGCAAGUGGUACGAUAGUACUUUGGUUUCUUGAAUUGUUGUAAAGACUGUAAAUUUGUUGGUAACAUUCUGAUUCUGCUCUCUA